CACACACGGAUUCUCGGACCAAUAUUAUCGGGACAAAAUCACCCUAACUAAGAAAAAUUCUGCGAAUAAAUAUUUAACGAUAAACGAGACACCGAUAUUUUUUCUCCCCGAUAAUCGCUAGACGCACCGAUUAUUCAAAAGGACGAGAUGAGGAGAUUCACGUUCUUCAUAAAUGAUUUCCUGUAUUCUAUUGAGUUAUUCGUCGGACAAAAAUAAAAAAUUUUGCAGAAAACUAUACAAACUACUUUGUUUGAUAUAUGGAAUGUUGUGAUUAAAGUUGGACCUGAGAUUUUGUGAAAAAGAUUCUGUGCAAGAAUAGGAUUUGGCCUUACAAGUAUCAUGGCGUAUAGCUGGACUAUCAUAAACGUCUUAUUUAUCUUUUUAAUAACUUCUUUUCUAAAAUUAAUGCAACACCAAUCAUCAAACAGUUGUCUUUGAACAAGGGGAGAUCUGCCUGACAUUAUGUGCGAAAUAUAAUUUUUGUUUAAUAUUUUUUGUAAUAUACUGGUACUUAUUCACUCUGAUUAAGCGAUAUCUUUUAAAAUAUAAGUUACCCUAUGUUCUCAGAUAAAUUGAUCGAAUCGUGCGGAAUAGAUUAUGACACCAACAUCCAAUGUACGGAUGCUAAUUGAGUGCAAAUACUCUAAGAUCUUAUCAAUUAGUCAAAAAUGAUAUAACUGAACAUGCAAACGACACACGGACAAUCACAUCGUACUUCACUGUUCUAUCCUCGACAAUUUUAAAAGCAAUAAUUGUUAUUGUACUUAAUAUUAGUAUUGAAGUGUUACUGAAGUUAACCAUCUCCGAAUAAUUGUAUCCUUUACAAAACAGUAGAAUUCCCAUAAAUUUUGGGAAUGACGAAUUACCAUUAUGCAAGACCUGCGUAAUUAUGGAUGUCUAGACUAUUGGAAGAAAAUGUAUUUCCACCGUUCGAAUUUGUCAUUCUGUGAUACCAAUAUCGUUUGAUAUUCCUCAUCCAUCUUUAAUAAAUUUUACGUCUAUUGCUUUUCCCUCUCUGGAUUUAUUGAAGCAUGUUAAGGCACGUAAUUAUACCAAGAUCUAAUUUUUUAAAUUUCAGCUGUAGUGAAACUUAUAAAAAUUUAUAGACGUUACUGGCGUUCGUUAUGAUUAUCAUCAUCGCCGUACAUAGUAUUCCCGUAGUAACAUGACUGUCUUGUUUACAGUUAUAAGAUAAAGAAUUAUAUUUGUCGGAUUACCUCGGCUAUGAAGAGAGAGAUGUAGAAUAAGUGAACGAUGCCUCCCAUUAACAUUUUCGAUAGAGUACUCUGAAACGGCCAUACUCCGAUGAUGGACAAAAGACGCUUGUUCAAUCGAAAGGCAGCCUGCUCGAAGAAAUUCAUGCCGAUUAUCGUCGCGUUUCUUUCAUUUCUUCGACUCAUAAUUGAAGCUAAGAGACGAAGACAUAGACUGUGACGAUGACGAGUAAUAAAAAGUCGAACGAAACACAAGGAAAAUUGACGAAGAUUUGCUUGUUAAAUUAUUAACAAAUUAGAGGAUUAUGCAAUAAGUGGAGUGUCAACAAAAAUGCUAUCAUUGAAUGCAUACCACCGUUGAUGACAAUCCCUCUCUGCUUGUCGUCGCAUUUGAAUCUAAUUUUUAACAAGGAGAAGGUCAAAGAUGUACUCUUAUUCAUUAAAAAUGAUCAUAAUUAUUACAUGAACCGUCCAGAAAAUAAGAUUCUUCAAUUUUAUACCACGCGAGGAAACAAAAUUGUAUUAUAUUAUCUCUCGUACCUUUAUUCAACAGUUUUGGCUUUCUUGCUGGUACCAACCAGAUCACUAGUAAUUGAUCUCAUUGUACCUUCGAAUCAUUCCAAAGAGAAAAUCUUACCAGUCAUAGUCGAUUAUGGCGUGGAUACACAACAAUAUUUUUAUUAUGUGUUUAUACCUGCAUAUAUAGCAAUAUUCGUGGUAGCUAUGGUAAUUUCUACUAGCUAUAGCGCUUACAUGUUAUACGUCCAACAUGCCUGUGCUUUGUUUGCAAUUGUGAGUUAUCAAUUAAGAACUAUGCACAUUUUGGAUACAAGUAGCUUAAUAAACUUAAAGGAGCAUCAUUUACUCGAAAAGUAUAAAAAUGUCAAAUUAUCACAGGAGGAAAAGGAGAAGAUUUUUAGAAAACUAUUACUUUGUAUAGAAGAACAUAAAAAUGCAAUAAGAUACUCAAAUCUCGUGGAAUCAUUGUUCGCUAAAUUUAUAUUAGCUCAGAUGUUUUUUCACAUUAUCUGUCUUACCAUUGGUGGAGUUGGAACUGUCUUGAAUUUAGGUAAUACGGACGAAAUGACGCGAUUUGGAUCACUUGCAUUGGCACAAGCUAUACAUAUAUUCAUUCUUUGCCUUCCUGGACAAAGAUUAUUAAAUCAUAGUGAAGAAGUGUAUGUCGCGACAUGUGAGGUAGUGUGGUAUAUGUUUCCUAAAAAGUUUCAUAUUUUAUAUAUGUUAUUAAUCGCAAGGACAAUGAUAUUCAGCAAAAUAACAGCUUUCAAAAUGGCGGUCAUGUCAAUGGAAACGUUUCUCACGGUAAAAAUUUCUUAUUAUAACUCCUUAGAUAAUCGUAAAAGUAUACGUAAUUUUAUUAUUAUUUAUAUUUUCAGAUUAUUCAAACCACAAUGAGUUACUUCACUAUGUUAUUAUCGACUAUAUAAA